AUGAUGAAGGUGCAUCGUGUACUCCUCCUCAUCUCCGCAGCUGGCCUGGCCCUGUGCUAUGAACACGAGACUCGCCUCGUUGAGGACUUGUUCAGGGACUACAACAAGGUGGUGCGCCCCGUGGAGGACCAUCGGGACGCCGUUGUCGUCACCGUCGGGCUGCAGCUCAUUCAGCUUAUUAGCGUGGAUGAAGUAAAUCAGAUUGUGACAACCAAUGUACGCCUGAAACAGCAAUGGACAGACGUCAACCUCAAGUGGAAUCCAGACGACUAUGGCGGUGUGAAAAAAAUCCGCAUCCCCUCAGACGAUAUCUGGCGGCCAGACCUUGUUCUUUACAACAACGCAGAUGGUGAUUUUGCCAUCGUUAAAUACACCAAAGUCCUUCUGGAGCACACAGGCCUGAUCACCUGGACGCCACCAGCUAUUUUUAAAAGUUACUGUGAAAUUAUAGUCACGCACUUCCCAUUUGACCAGCAGAACUGCAGUAUGAAGUUGGGAACUUGGACAUACGAUGGUACAAUGGUUGUUAUUAACCCGGAGAGUGAUCGUCCAGAUCUGAGUAACUUCAUGGAGAGCGGGGAAUGGGUAAUGAAGGACUACCGUGGCUGGAAGCACUGGGUUUACUACGCUUGCUGCCCUGACACUCCCUACCUGGAUAUCACCUACCACUUCCUCAUGCAGCGUCUGCCUCUCUACUUCAUCGUGAAUGUCAUCAUUCCCUGCCUGCUCUUUUCCUUUUUAACCGGCUUAGUUUUUUACCUACCCACAGAUUCAGGUGAGAAAAUGACUCUCAGCAUCUCUGUCCUGCUGUCUUUGACUGUGUUCCUUCUGGUCAUUGUGGAGCUGAUUCCCUCCACCUCCAGUGCAGUGCCUCUGAUAGGCAAAUACAUGUUGUUUACAAUGGUGUUUGUCAUCGCUUCAAUCAUCAUCACAGUCAUCGUCAUCAACACCCACCACCGCUCCCCAAGCACUCACACCAUGCCGCACUGGGUCAGGAAGAUCUUUAUUGACACAAUCCCAAACAUCAUGUUUUUCUCUACAAUGAAACGACCAUCCAGGGAUAAACAAGACAAAAAUAUUUUUGCAGAAGAUAUUGAUAUUUCUGAAAUUUCUGGGAAGCCAGGUUCUGUGCCUGUCAACUUCUACUCCCCACUUACCAAAAAUCCAGAUGUGAAAAAUGCUAUAGAGGGAAUCAAAUACAUUGCGGAAACGAUGAAAUCGGACCAAGAAGCCAGUAACGCUGCAGAAGAAUGGAAGUUCGUUGCAAUGGUGGUUGAUCAUCUUCUCCUUGGCAUAUUUAUGCUAGUUUGUAUUAUAGGAACAUUAGCUGUAUUUGCUGGUCGCCUCAUUGAAUUAAAUCAGCAAGGAUGAACAUCAGCUGGAAACU